AUGAGCGACCGACACCCAUUACAGGCCCGCAGCCCGUCCCAAGUCACGCUCGACGAGGAGACACCAACGACGCUGACCUUCGACUUGGCGACGCCAUACGCCAUGCCAGUAGAUAAGGAGAAGCCGAGCCCGCACACGUCGCUCAGCACGCUCGUGUCCAACCUCCCUGACGGAUGUCACUUUGGGCAGCUCCCGCAGGAUGACGAGGACGCGCCGCCUGAGCGUGUGAUCUGGGUCGAGUUCCCGCCAAACAGCCCCGACAACCCGUUCUACUUUCACCGUGGGCGCAAGGCCGGUAUCACCUUUGUGGCGAUCUUCUUCACGCUCAUGGCCGCCUACUCGUCCUCAGCGUUCCCCAUCUCGGCUCCCAGUAUGAUGGUCGAGCUUGGGACCAGUGAGCAGAACGUGUCUGCCGGCGUCGCGCUCUACGCGUUCGGGUUUGGGGUGUUUCCUCUCCUCCUGGCACCAAUAUCCGAGGAAUUCGGGCGCAAGUGGACGUACAUCUUCAGCGUCUUCUGCUUCUGUCUCUUCCACCUGAUGGGAGGAUUGGCCAAGAACACGGCCACGGUCCUCGUCGGCCGCUUCCUCCUCGGCGGCGCGGGGAGUAUGGGAGCUACGCUGGUCGGCGGAACCAUUAGCGACAUCUUCAUCCCGAGCGAGCGUGGCGUCCCGAUGGCUAUGUUCUCCUUCUGCGCAGUCUUCGGCACUGGGCUCGGGGCAAACACAAUGGUGUUUGCUGAGAUUCACCUGGGUUGGCGUUGGGUGUGGUGGAUCCAAAUGAUCGUCAUCGGGUCCAUCUUCCCCCUCAUGUUCUUGUUUAUGAAAGAGACGCGCUCUUCAGUCCUCCUAACCCGCCGCGCUCGUGCACUCCGCAAAGAACGCGGCCUAUCCGACGGCGCGCCAUACAUGUCCCGCGCCGAAACCGAGAAAGAAACCUUCUUCAUCGCGAUGCUGCACUCGUGUUCCCGCCCAAUCGUCUUCCUAGCCCGCGAACCGACCGUCAUGUUCUUCUCCGCGUGGAUCGCUCUCGGCUGGGGUGUAUUCUACACCCAAAUUGCCGGUAUUCCUUACAUUUACAAGAACGUCUACAAUUUCGGACCAGUCGGCGUGGGAAUGGUAUACUGGGCAAUCUGUCUCGGUGCAAUGCUCGGCAUGGUCAUGAACAUGUGGACGGAAAAAAUGUAUCGCCUCCACUCGCCAACCCGAGGCGUCGAGGCGCGCAUGUAUGGCGCAAUGGUCGGCGGCGUCCUCUUCGCCAUCGGAUGCUUCAUCUGCGGCUUCACCUGCCUCCCAAGCGUACAUUGGAUCGCGCCCUGUAUCGGGGUUGUGCUCAUCCUCACAGCCGUUAUGGGAAUCUACAUCACGGCAUUCACCUACCUCGCCGAAUGUUAUGGCAUCUACGCAAGUUCUGCUAUUGCGGCCCAGUCUUUCGCUAGGAAUAUGGCGGGCGGCGCAUUCUCAUUCAUCACCAAACCGAUGUUUGCGCGCCUCACCGUCCGAUGGUCACUCGUCCUCUGUGGUGGUCUCGCAAGUCUGUUGGCGCUGGUACCCUUCAUUGCGUUCGUUUGGGGCCCUGCAAUUCGUGCCCGCUCGCCCUAUUCGCGUCAAUUGAUGGCCAUGGAGCGCGACCGCCAGGCUACCGAAAAGGCCGAACGAGAGGCGAGGGGCAUGGACACGGCUGGCGUCGAGGACCCCGAAGGCGAUAUUAACGAAGAGGCGAUUGAGCGGGUCUUGAGCCGCAACUCGUCACGUCGCUCCAUGGCCAUGGCCCAGAUAGAUGACAAGGUGUAG